AUGCAAGUUUUAUCUGAUCUACAAUAUCUCCAAGACAAGUUUUCGCAAUAAUCUUCAUAGAUUAGAUAGCUAUUCACAGAAAUCUAACUAGCCUAAUAGGCUUUGUAGUCAUUAAAAAAACCUAUCGGGUAGAUGAGAUAGAGCAAGUCGACUAUUAUUUUGCAUUCCACUUAUUAGGAUUCAAAUCAGAGUCCAAACAAGAUCUCAAGGAAUGCUUCUCUAAAAUCGGAAGAUUUCAUUGAAUAAUGUCUAAAAAGAAUUGAAUAGGCCAAUAAAAAUAGCAACACAAAUGCGCCAUCCCCUCAACAACCAAAACAGGCUAACAGAAUUAAGGGUAGAUUAGAAAAACACAUCCCAGAAAUGAAGACAUAAGACGAAUAAAUUCCAUUGCCUACAACCAGUUUGCAGUCUAUUUUCUAAGCAAGCAAUAGUCCUCAACAAAAACUGUCUAAACUAAUGCAACUCGAUGACUUUAAGACUACAUCAAAUUAAUAAAAAUAAGAAUAUUUUGAUAUCCAUGAAGAAGGAUAAUUAUAAAAUUGA